UGCGUGUAACUUCACACUUCGGAUAUCUGCGCUCUGCAUUUUGUGAUUUUUGCUGCCACAUAUCACUGCCACGUAGAAUUUGUGGCAAUUGUCUAAUUUAGAAAUAAUCAACCUUGUUUUUUUCAGUCUGAAUGUAUUAGCCGGUAAUUCAAUAUUUACAUCCAUGUUUCCCUAUAUUGUUUCUUCCCUUUGUAUUGAUAAUGUGGAAACUGAAAGAGCUGUGGAGGAUUGCAGCUUGACUAUUUUUGCAUCUUUUCAUUAAUUCUAAUGUUUCACUGAAGUCUUCAAAAUGGACUCCAUCUCUGAGAACCUGCAAGCAGAUCAGAUCUCAGAGCUGCUCAAACCACACAGAGUUUGCCUGGUGACACCUGUGAUUUUGAACCGCUCCGGUCAGCCAUGCGGAAGAUCAUCCAACAGGUUUUUGGUACUGUGUCUAUGGAGAGGUUACCUGGUUACAAACAAGCAACCUGUCAGGGUGGAAAGCACAUUCAGCUACCUAGAGAUUUGCUCCAUCAAUGUGCACAGUCCCACGCAGCUCAUGUUGGAGACAGACAGGCAGACUCUGUCUUUCAGUGUCCGGCAUACCGGUGACCUUGAGGCCAUGAUCAGUCACAUGACAGCCUCACUGAAGAGAAUCUUCCCUGAUUCAUCUCCAAGAAAGCUGUUAAAGACAGUUCCCCCUGAUCUCCAGGAGAGACUCUCCACUCUGACUGAUGUGCUAGAACAACAGCUGGACUGUCAGCCUGGCUCUUGCGGAGGAUUCUCCGAUACCUAUGCUGCUUUGUGUGAUUUCAAUGAGAUGCCGUUUAGAGAGGAGAUUACGUGGGACAUUGACAACAUCUACUACAUCCACAACUGGAGACAGUUCAGCCUGCAGGACUUUAGCCACUUAGACAGCAGGGACUUGGCAUUGGCUGUAGCAGCUUUAUCUUUCAACCAGUGGUUCACGAAGAUCUACUGCAAAGAACUCAAGCUGUCAGUGGACAUCCAGCAGCAGCUGACUUUCCUGCUGUCCAGAUCUCCCAGCCUGCAGGAGCUCUCACUGGAGGCCAGUGGACUGAAACUGGAUUUUGCAGUCAAAAUGGCAGCUGCCCUCCAAGAGCACACCUCAUCGACCCUGCAAUCCAUCAACCUCUCAGGCAAUCCAAUUGAAGACAAAGGUGUAAUAGCUCUCAGUCAGGAGUUGAAGAAUCUGGAUGAAGGACUCAAGCACCUUUCUCUGUCUCGGGUAUCAGUGACUGCUAAAGGUCUUGGCCAUCUGAGUCAGGUGUUGUCUUCCAAUCAGGUGUUUGCAGCAUCUCUGACCCACCUUGAUCUGUCCUGUAACCCUGGCAGCCUGGUUACUGAAGAAGCCAUGUUUCUCUUCAAGUUCUUGUCCAGUCCAAACUCUCUUUCCUAUUUGGAUCUCAGUGACACCAACUGCCCCCUGGACACGUUAUUCGUGUCCCUGUCUGCUGGGUGUUGUUACAAACUGGUGCACCUGAAUUUGGCCAGGAAUCCUUUCAGCCACAGGAAGGUGCGGGAGGUGACCCGGAGCAUUCAAGAGUUCUUCAGUCAGAGUUGUGAGCUAAAGUAUGUGAGUCUAUCUGCCACCAAGCUGCCUCCACAAGCUCUCAGGUUGUUACUACAGGGUUUGGCCACCAACACUCGUCUCUUUGGGCUGGAGUUAGACCUCAGUAGCUGCGAGCUACGUUCAGCAGGGGCCCAGGUGAUACAGGAGCACAUCUCUGAAGCUACAGCUAUCAGAAGUCUGGAUAUCUCUGACAACAGUUUUGAGAAUGACAUGGUGACACUGGUUCUGUCUGUUGGUCGAUGCCAGUCUCUCCGACACCUUGCACUAGGAAGAAACUUCACCUUGAAAUCCAGGGCUCUCACUGAUGUGCUUCAUCGUAUAGCUCAGCUCAUUCAGGAUGAAGAGUGUCCCUUGCAGUCUCUUUCAGUGUGUGACUCCAAGCUGAAGACAGGGAUGCACAUUCUUCUGAGCACACUGGGUGGCCACGCUACUCUGGCUGAACUGGACAUCAGUGGAAACAACAUUGGAGACACUGGAGCAAAAAUGCUGGCCAAAGCCCUGAUGAAUAACACCAGCCUGAGGUCUUUGUUGUGCAGAAACUUCACUCUGCGGCAGGUGUCUCUGCCCCUGGCUGAUAUCACACAGAGUUACCGCAGCAACCCAGACAGAACCAAAGAAGCCCUGAACAAGAUUCAGCAGUGUUUAGUUCGAAACAACCAGAUCCAGUCUGAUGGCGUGGAACUUCAAUCUCAGGUGUUUAGGACUCAACAAUCUGAAAAGUUGAUCCUGGGCAUGUGUCGGCAAUUGGAAGACAGCAUUCAACGUUUAAGCCAAUGUAACAUUCAGGAAGUCCAGGCUGACAUCUUGACAGCACAUGAGGUGCUUCAAAAUGCCAGGGAUUCUUUCAAGCUUCUUCCCUCACUACAUGAGACAGGCCGGAACUGUGCCUUUGAUGCAAACUUGGUGAACAGCAUCCUCACUGACACUGCUACUGCGCUGACAAAUGAGUUCACUCGAAGCUUACAGGAAUUGGCUCAAGACCUGAUGAGGUGUGCAGAGGCAGUGCGCCCACGGAUGGUCCAGCAUUCCAGUGUUUGCGAGUGUCUGUUAGAAUGUGUGUCAAAAAGAAGCAGACAGAUACACAUAUUCAUGAGAAGCACUCUGGUGGAGGGCACAGGCCAAAUCAUCAGCAACAGACUGCGUGAACUGAGACAAACACUGAGUGUCACUCUGGCUGAAAGCAUUGCAGAACAGGUGCUACAGGAUCUGACAGUGGCACAGGACAAAAUGGAUUGCCUUAUAAAAGAACAUGUAAGCAACACUCAAAGAAUCAACAUCCCAGAGCUGCUACUGGACAGUGACUUCCCAACUGAUGAUUACAGCCCAGCAUUUUGGAGGAAUGCUUUGCACUCCACAAGCCUGAGGCCUGCUCCUUCAAUUAAAAGUCUCCUGGAUGCAGACUGGGAGCAGCAGACCAGGGACAGACAGAGGGGGAGGAGGCGGAGGGAGAGGGAGGUGGUGGCAGUGGAUGCUGCAGAAGCAAUAUCAGGAGCAAGAGGAGCAUCAUUCAUUCCUCCUCCCAGCCUCCCCCUCCUCUACUCCAUCCCCGCUCAACCUCCAAACGAGGAGGCAGCCGGCCGCGGAGGCUUACACAGACGAGAGACUCCCUUCCCCGGCUGCGGCCUCAGCCCAGGCCCCCUCCCCGGCUCUGGAUCCUCCGUUUCCCCCAUGGAGCCUCUACCCACCCAGGGACAGACUCUAAGGCACUACACCGCCUCCCGACCACGGCCACGACGCACACACACACAGCCUCCCUCCUCCAGGCCUCAGGAGCCAGUGUCAAAGGUAGAGAAUGAGGCUAGUGAGGUGAUGGGCAGAGUGGAUGAAGGAGUAGAGGAGUUCUUCACCAAGAAAAUCAUCGCUGACUAUGCACUAAAAGGCCGGUGGGAGGAGUCAAACCCUGCCCAAGCCACUCCCCCAGCAUCAAGCUCCACCCCCUCAGCCUUUGCCCCCUUUUCCUCUUCGUCUGACAUUAUCACCUCCUCCACCACUGCCACUGUCACCUCUCCCUCUAUUGCAUCCACUGACACAUCCUUUGCAUCCAAUGACGUUCCACCCCUCCCUACAUCUUCCACUCCCCCUACCUCCUCUUCUGUCACCACCACCACCACAUUUCCCACCAAAAAUAUCAAGAAAAAGUUUGGUGACUUCUUCGCCUUCAAGAGGGCUCGACCUGGGCGUGCCACCAAGGCAGGCGGGGGAGAGGGAGGAGGAGGAGAGGGGGUGAAGGUCAAAAGGACCUCCAUUGCAGACCUCAUUCGACCCCUCCGUGAGGCCAAAGAAAGGGAGAGGGAGAGGGAGAGGGACAAGGAGAGAGAGAAGGAGAGAGGGGGAAGGUCAGUGGAGGAUGCUAACAUUUCUAAUGAUGCCACCACCACAGAAGGAACCAUUGCCACCAGCGACCAUCUUGCAGGCAAUGCGGGGGAAAAGAUGCCAUCUAUCAAGAUAUUAACCACGUCGACACCGCCCAGUGAAAAUGCUCAGUCUCAUCCCUCCAUCACCACCAGCACUGACCUCACCACUGCCAUGCUCUCCAACCUGGAUGAAGACGCAGUUCCUGUCUUACAAGGUCAGACCCCCAGUCCUGAGGUCGCUUCCCCUCUAGCUGAGCAGAAGAUGCAGUUAGGAGGGACUCCAUAUGGAGAAAGGAGACUGAAAGUGACCAAGAGGUCACUGAGAGAGGGGAAGAGCCAGAGUCUCAUCCUGCUGACGGGAUUAGAGCCUGAAGACAAGGAUAUUACACCUAGUAAGAAACAUGCAUCAGAGAGCACAUCUAGUUUUGAACAGAGGCUUCAGGUGAUGUUGCACAGAAUGGGAGUGGCCAAAACUUCACCUGCCGAAACCAAGAUGUGCCAGAAUAAAGACGAAGAGCUGAGAAAGGCCAACUCUGAAGGAGCUAUUCUGGACAAACCUGAACCACCUGCCACAUACAUGAAGCCCAGAACCAUGUCUACUUCAUCAGCUGACCCCAGGCAUCCUAUGACAGCACUGGACCCCAUACGACCAGAACCUCUCCUUUACCCAAAGCCCACCCUCCCCGAGCGCCCUAUCGCCCCCCUGCCAUCUAAGCCUGCCAUCGCAGCCAAACCUCCCCUCCCCACACCAGCUGUUCCUGUAGAAGGAGGAGCUCCUCCCUCCUCUGCUCCUCUUACCAGCAGCUCAUCAGAGCAAGCCCAGCUCAGAGCGCACACUCAUGAUGGCAGGCCAGGGGAGACUAGAGCACAGGUGAUACAGCAUUCAGUCCAAAAAGUCCUUCAUUGUUGCUACGAAGACAAUACAGAAGUAAGACUAUUCACCCAGUGGCAAAGCUGUGCUCUUAAUUCUAUUUUAAUAUUGACUCCAAAAGUUUGUUUUCAAAGAAUGCCAACAAUGAGAAGAAAGUUUCAAAUCACAGAUGGAAGUCUGGAGGGUCCUCGGGGUGCAGCCGGCACCAUGUCUCCCAGGAAAGAGCUUCUUCCUUCAGUCCCAUCUCAAUGGAAGGGUCCAAGUACACAGGCUCGUGCAGAGAAAGCACAAUCGGUGACUGAGGAGAGUCUUCCUAAGCCACGCCAACACUUGAAGUCCGUUCCACAACGCAGAGCUGUGUCUGUCCAUGAGGAUGCUCUGUCCAUCACACAAGAGCUGAAGGCAGUGUUACAGAGGUCACCCAUCCGUUUCCGGGGCAACAAACGGGACCUGCCCUCCUGCACUGAAGAUCCAUCUAGUGGGGAGGAGGCACAAAGUGCACAUGCCAGUGACAAAGAAAAACGAACAGAUGAUGAAAAGAAGCACACUGUCCAGAAGGAGGAGCUCAAGGCAGAGACAGGAAGAACCUGCUGUGGAGGUACAUCUGAAACCAAGUACCCUCUUUCAGGAAAGGAAGAAGGUCCAGGCUCAGGCUGUCCCUCCUCUCAAGAAGCUCAACAAGAGGCAGCAGCACUUCGAUUCUGCGGUCAAGCUGCAGCAUUUGACAAAGCUCCGUCUGGCCACGAGAGUCCUCCAGCACUACCCCAUACCCUGAAAAAGUCUCCUACAAUCCCCACAUCCCAGAAAAGCAUCGUCACAGCAUUGCCCCAAGCUCUAGAAAAAUACGCCAUCUCCCCACUUCCCAGAGAAAAGACCCACAGCACAAUCCCAGUUGCAUCUGUAUCCUCAGAAAUCCCACAAGUGAGUCCUCUGUCCCACAAGAGGAGCCCCGGCACAGUGCAACCUAAUAUGGAUAUGAGAACCAGCACACAGGAGGGAGGAGAAGCAGUCUCUAAACAUCACACAAUGAAGGCAGAGCCACCAGACCAAAGAACUGAGCCCCCUCUGUCUGAAUAACACACAGAGGCUGACUGACCUGAGGAGAAAAGACGCACCUGGGAGAGACAGGAGGGAGAGAUGUGUGACAUCGCUGAGAUCAGGAACCAGGGAUAGUGUAUGAGGUCAAAGAGUAGCAUGAAUGUUCUACUUUCGUGUAGAAAACUGCUCCCAUGUCAGGGUGUUCUCUUUGAAAGUCUGAGAACUAAAUAAACAGCACACAUGGUUGGUACGUUUUUUUAAUUGUAUGUUAGCUUCUGUACAGUUUUAAGUGAAAAUGCUUUUUUGUUUGUUUGUUUUUGUUUUUCUAUUCUGGUUUAGACUGUGAGGCUUGCUUGCAAUAUUUGUAUGAAUUAGAUGUUUUGUUUUUGUAGUCUGUGCUUAUUUUCCCCAAAAAGCAAAUAACCCUGAUGUCAAGAAUUGUCAUUAACUUCAGCCUCCUAUUUUGCUCCAUAUUUUUUUCCCCUUAUUGUGUCAUUGCAUUGAGCAGUAUGCAACUAUGUCACCUAUAAAAUUCAUUCUGCAUUUAAUCAGAACAAAUGUUAAAGACUCAUUGUCCGUAGGAGUUUGAAACGGGACACAGCGAACAUGUCUUUCUAAUCCAUUGCAUUUUUAUUUUUUUUCAAAUUCUGUGCAUAUCGCCUCAUGGUAAACUAGCUGUCUAUUUUGUGCGUACUGGAAAACAUUUGUUGUUUGUCGAGGAAACAAACAAAGCAUCUGAUCCACACGAAACUACUGCAGCAUACCUUGAGCAUGCACAUUUCAGGGAGGAGUGUGGUGUGUUCCUCUAACUUCCAUUGCAUUGUGCCAUCUUAGCAACACAAGCAAGAUAUCAAAACAUUUCAAAUACAAAAUUUAAUCCAAAUGAAGAAAACAGGAUCUGUGGCUGAAGAGUUUUUGAAACAUGCGAGUCAGGAAGUAGCACUCAGCAAAAGAAGGACAUGGUCAAAGACUGUACCAAUGCCCCAUUCUACACAUUUUCCUUCAUGGAACCAAGACUUAGUCCCGCCCCUUCCUUCUAUUAAGGCUCCCAAUUACAAUUCAUCCAGAAACAAUUACUCAGAAUAUUAUCAUAUAUCAAUUCAUUAGGCAAAAGACAAGAUUUACAUUACUUCAACAAAUUAGAAAAAAUCAGAAAGUAUAGUUUGAAUCAACACCAAAACAGUGGCAUCAUUGGGAAACGUAGGAGGGACAGUAAGUCUGGCACAUGUUAACAUUUGCUAACUCGCUAAAUGUCACCAAUGUGUCUCCAGAAUCACAGACUCCACCUUCAGUGAAUAAACUGACAAGAGCAUCAA